AAAUCGUUCGAUUGUGUUUGAAUUACAUCGAAAACUUCCUGCCGCUAAGACAUACCACGCUUCUUAAUUUUAAGCAUAUCUUUUGAUCUCGUUUCAAACUGCAACUCCGUAACCAUUAAUCGUAUAGCCUGAGUAUCGGUUACGCUAACUACGAUCCCGAGGAAUAAGAUAAUGCGUCCUUUACAAGCGACAAGCACUCUACCUCAAUAUUCUUAAUUGUAAAAUUAGUGCACGCGACCUGAGUACCGUCACUAACAGGCUACGUCCGGUUUUGUAUUCUCAUUCGAGGCGGGACCAGCUCGUAAUAUCGAAGAAACGGGUUCGGAGCAAUCGAUCGAUCGAUACAUUUAUAAACAAUUUGAUUCUCUGGAAGCUACAACAUCUUUUAUCUCUGCAUCUUAGAACGCAGCUGUUCCGUAUUUUCUCUUAUUUUUAAAUGAUAUCAAGUUCGUUGCUACCGCUACCAGGUGAAAUUUCCGACACAGCUUUCUCCGAGCGCGACUACGUGAUUUUAAAUCGAACGAAGGACGCGUAAACUACCUCGGCUUGCAGCGUGCGAAUGUUAGAUUAAACAUUCCUUCGAUGAACCGCGUUAGAAAACAGUAGGUGUUGCGCAUUGAAAUUCGAAACGUAUCGUUCUAAGCGACCUCACCAAACGUAUCCUCUUAAUGUGUGGCGGUUGAAAUAUAAACUCGUGUAGCGAAACUUCGGUUUAAGAUCGAUGAAAUCGAGAAGUGGAUAAAUACUCCGUAAGACAAGCGGAAGGAUAAGGAUAAGGUAAUCGAGAUACGUCGAUACGAUGCGUGUCGCAUAUUUUACAUACUUGGUUUCGGGUGUAAAUAUCGUUAGAUUUUAGUUACCUUGUAUCGUAAACGGCGGGUUAAUCAGAAAGUUGUGUGCGUGUGAAAAUAUACCUUUCGGGAUAAAAAAAAAACAAUAAAAAAAAGGGGGGAGGGACGAAGAGAAAUAUAACGCAAUCGAAAGGCAGGUAGACGAACAGUGCUGACAUAAUUCUAGGUGAACGGUCCCUUACACGAAUUCCUUUUCUUGAGUUUUGUCGAGAGAAAUGCAGGAUUGGUGAGAGGUGUAGGUCGGUAUCUUCUGUCGACCAAUGAGAUUCGUUGAAGAGCCUAGCAAACUGGAGCGAGUAGCGCGGAGUAGGCAGAGAGGAGAGGGAUAUACGACUGGUUUUGAAAAUCGGUUCCGUCCCGCUUGCACGAAUGUUGUCUCAGUAGCUUCCAAACGCGACCGUGACACGGAACAAUUCCGAUCGUUGGUCUCUUCUUUUUCUCGAUUCCUUUCCGUUUGAACUCGAAAGUGAUACGAAACGUUCUUCGAACAAGUGACCUGUUAAACUCGAACGAUACGUUACCGAUCGGCCAUGGACUGGUUACAGGGUCUAAACGGACGGUUAGCGUUUGCCAUCGCGGCUGCUGCGCUUGGAUCAUCGUUUCAGCAUGGGUACAAUACCGGUGUCGUUAAUGCUCCUCAGCAGCUUAUCGAGAACUGGAUCAGCGAACUGAAAGAAAAUCGAACCGGUCGUCCAACGCAACAAUCCGAAGUGACGAUAAUAUGGGCGAUAGCAGUAUCAAUAUUCUGCGUGGGUGGUAUGAUCGGCGGUUCUCUGGUGGGUUGGGUGGCCGAUCGUUUCGGUCGAAAGGGUGGUUUGUUACUAAACAACAUCCUGGUCCUUCUCACGGUCAUCUUCGAGGGUUCCGCGAAGGCAGCCAAAAGCUACGAAAUGAUAGUUAUCGGAAGAUUUAUAAUCGGUAUCAACGCUGGAUUGAAUGCUGGUUUAGCACCGAUGUACUUGGCUGAGAUAUCACCCAUUCACCUCCGAGGAGCUGUUGGUACGGUCUACCAAUUGGUUAUCACCAUGUCCAUUCUGGUAUCGCAGGUUCUUGGAUUGGAGCAAAUAUUGGGCACAGACGAAUAUUGGCCGCUUCUUUUAUGUCUAACGAUCGUUCCUGCCAUUUUCCAAGUAGCUACGCUUCCAUUAUGCCCCGAGAGUCCAAAGUAUUUAUUGGUCACCAAAGGAAAGGAUAUGGAAGCUCAGAGAGGUUUGACUUGGCUGCGCGGCACGAUCGAAGUUCACGACGAGAUGGAACAAAUGAGGGCGGAAUACGAGUCGAUGAAACUUGUGCCAAAGGUUACGCUGAAAGAACUAUUUGUGAAUUCUGCUCUUAGGAUUCCAUUGAUAAUCGCGCUCAUGGUGAUGUUCGCGCAACAACUAUCCGGUAUUAAUGCCGUUAUGUUCUUCUCGACCAAGAUCUUCAUGAUGGCGCAGUUGGAUAAAUUCGCGGCUCAGAUCGCGACGAUGAUCGUCGGAACGGUGAACGUUCUUAUGACCUUUGUUUCUUUGAUACUCGUCGAGAAGGCUGGAAGGAAACAGUUGCUCUUAGUUGGAUUUUCCGGUUUGUUUAUCGCCACCGUCUUACUCACGAUCUGCCUUGCAUUCGCUGCUUCGUCUAGCGCGGCAGCCUACUUCUCGAUCCUAUUGGUGGUCAUGUUCGUGGCUCUAUUCGCGACUGGUCCAGGAAGUAUUCCCUGGUUUUUGGUUUCCGAAUUGUUCAAUCAGUCCGCGAGACCCGCGGCAACGUCUGUCGCUAUCGCGGUCAAUUGGACAGCCAAUUUCAUCGUCAGUAUAGGAUUUCUACCAUUGCAAGAGGCACUGGGUGCUUAUGUAUUCAUUAUUUUCGCCGCUCUUCAAGCAUUUUUCAUCUGCUUCAUUUACAAGAAAGUACCCGAAACGAAAAACAAGACGAUCGAGGAGAUCAGCAGUUUAUUCCGACAGAGAUCGUACGAGUAAAAAGAGUUCACCUGUCGUCGUUUCGCUUCAGAAAUUUCAUCGCAAAAUUAUUUAAAAAAAAAAAAAAAAACAUUUUCAUACGCGGUGGAAUCGAAUGCAAAUGGGAAAUUUGUUAAAUAAUUCUUGUAACUAACGGCGAAGGUAUCUUUUGCUUUAGAUCACCAGUUCUCGUUACAUUUUACAAAAACAAUCGGGAAUAUUUGAAUACUUUUAAACUAAAAUUAUUACAAAUUUAGUUUAUUAUCCAUGUAUCAUAGAUGCUGUCGAGACGUGCGUACACUUUCGAAGGAGUUUGAUUUUUAAUUAAACUUCAAUCUAGUUCCUAAUGCUAACGUCACGGUUUUAUCGUAACAGACAAGAAAAUAUCAGGUUAAGAGAAACGGACUCAACGUUACGAAUUACUAUUCAUUUAGUGUAACAAACUUACUUGAUUCCUUUUAACUCUUUUCGUAGACGCUAAAUUUCAAUUGAUGAAAAUAUUAUGGAAUUAUCAUUUAUCGAGAUUUCUUUAAUGUUCAAGGAUUAAACAGAGCUCAAUUCCAGAAAAACAAGUAUUUUCCUUAUGAAAUUGGAUAAAUAAAUAAAUACAUAUAUAUAUUUAUUAAUUAUAUUGUGAAUACAUUUUGUUAACGAAGAAAUCACCGAUAAUGAUGCCAAAAAGGAGGAAAGUUCACGAUUGCUCGCGAGUAAUUAAUAAUUUACCGUAAUUGAAAAAGAGUUAAGGAACAAUAUUAUUUAAUUAUGUUGAUACUAAACAUUAUAACUCUAGUCAUAAGAGUACGAUUUUUUGCAUUGAAAUAACAUCUGGGAAAUUCCAGUGUAACAUACAUUUUCCUAAAACCGUCAUGUAUUUCGUAUUACUAAAAGUUUUCCUUUUUAACAGAUGAUCGAUUCAUUGUAAUCUACGCUUAAAAAUUUGACUGAAAUUUAAUCUAUUUGAAAUAUUUAUUAACGCAUAUACACUUAGCAAGUGUCGCUUACCUGAUAUGAGAAAAAUUAAUUUGGAAUUGUUAGAAUUUGUGAGAUUUAUACUAGAAAAAAUUUCGCUAUUUUAAAUAAGUGUUCUUAACGAACAAUGUUUUAGAGUUUUAUUUGUUAAAUAUGAAAGUUUUAACGAAAAUAUUUUGUUAUAUACGUGUUACAGCAGAAAUUUUAUUAAAAUAAGAAAAAUAAAAAAGUACUACAACAAUUGUACAUAGAAAUGUGUAUGUAGGAUAUCGUCGCGUAGCGUAGGAAGUAAUUAUAUUUAUGUAUGCAUGUAAUUAGUUAACGUUUAAACAUUGUAAACCAUGGUUAUUAUAUUUAUUAGAUAUUUAAUUAAUGUACUGUAAACGAUAACAAAAAGUACAUGUAACUUUGGAAAUGAUGGCGACGUCACGUUGAAAAUCACGGAUCGACUAGAUGUAACUUUUUAUUAAUCGCAUAUGCAUCCUUGGAUCCAAAUAAUACUCAAACAUAGUUAGAUUUUUAAUACCGAAUUACUCGGAAGAUAUGUGUUUUUACGGUGUGUGCCGGUGAACGUUACAAGACCAUAUAAUUUCCUUCGGCGUUCGUGUCUCUUUAUUCUGAGACGUUCGAACGCAUAAAAUCCACCCUCGAUAAAGUUCAAAAACUAGCUAUAAGAUAGAUAUAAAUCUAGAUUAUGUUGGGCUUAUGAUUAUAAAUAAUACUUUUAACAAAAUUCAGCUCUUGGAACAAUACCUACACGAAAAAAUGAUUAGAAAUGAUUAUUUCAUCUUUUGGAUCACAUUUUUUAAAUAUGACUAUCAAACAAUAUUCA